AUGUUUGAGAAAGAAUUAAAAGUCGCUACUGAAGCUGUCCGUUUAGCCUCGCUAUUGACCAAAAGAGUUCAAUCCCAAGUGAUUGCUCACAGGGAAUCUUCUACUGUGAUCAAAUCAGAUAUGUCACCUGUGACUAUUGGUGAUUUUGCAGCCCAGACUGUAAUUAUCAAUGCCAUCAAGAGUAAUUUCCCAGAAGAUCACGUCGUUGGUGAAGAGACUGCCGAAGGAUUAGAUGAUAAGUUUUUGGCUGAGAUUUUGAAUGUUAUCAACGAGAAUGAAGCAAAUUUCCAACAAUAUACCAAUGCUAAGGAUGCUAUUCUUUUCAAGAAUGAACAAUUUCCAUUGAAGAACGUAAAUGACGUCCGUAAAGUUAUUAAUUUUGGUGAUUAUGAAGGUGGAAGAACCGGAAGAUUCUGGUGUCUAGACCCAAUUGAUGGUACAAAGGGAUUUCUAAGAGGUGAACAAUUUGCUGUGUGUUUAGCCCUCGUAGUUGAUGGUAUACCCCAAGUUGGCUGUAUUGGUUGUCCUAAUAUGACUCUAGCUAACUAUGGCUCCAAAGAUUUGCAAGGUCAUGAACCAUUUGGAUACAUCUUUAGAGCAGUUAAGGGUCAUGGUGCUUUUUACACUACUAACACUCUACAGGAACCUUGGGUUCAAAUCCAUGUGAGACAGUUGAAGGACACUCAUGAGAUGGUCACAUUAGAAGGUGUCGAGAAAGCACACUCCUCUCAUGAUGAACAGGAUGAAAUCAAAAAGAGACUAGGGAUCACACAAUCCUUACAUUUGGAUUCGCAAGCUAAGUACUGUCUAUUGGCUCUAGGACUGGCUGAUGUCUAUUUACGUCUACCAAUCAAUCUAAGUUAUCAGGAAAAGAUCUGGGAUCAUGGUGCUGGUAAUGUCAUUGUCUUGGAGGCGGGUGGCCAACAUACAGAUGCGUUUGAAGACGUUCCCUUGGACUUCGGUAACGGUAGAAUUCUCGCUACUAAAGGUGUUAUUGCAUCAAGCGGUCCUCAAAAGUUACACGACCUAGUGGUAUCUACCUCGGGUGAUGUUAUUGACACAAGAAAGUAA